AGCAGCGCUUGCCAUUCGCAGCACACUGCAUUCAGUUAUUUCGGUGAGCCCUGCAGUUGGGGUAGCAAACUGGCUAUCCUAUCUUCAAAUCUGUAAAUACAAGCUAUCCUAGCUAGCAGAGCCUCUAGCCACUAAGCAGGUGCUAGCUAGCGUAGCCAACCGCCUCUGUUAAAAUGGCCACUAUGGAGAAACUGAUGAAGGCCUUUGAGUCACUCAAGUCAUUCCAACAGCAACAGGGACCGCUCUCGGCUGAGGACCUUGUUCAGAAACAGAAGAAAGACCUGGCCACGACCAAAAAGGACCGCGUGACCCAUUGUCUGACGAUAUGCGAAAACAUCGUGGCUCAGUCGCUGAGGACUUCCCCGGAGUUCCAGAAACUUCUGGGCAUCGCCAUGGAGAUGUUCCUGCUGUGCAGCGACGACAAAGAGUCUGACGUCAGGAUGGUGGCGGACGAAUGCCUCAACAAAAUAAUCAAAGCAUUAAUGGAUUCAAACCUGCCUCGACUUCAGCUUGAGUUAUACAAAGAGAUUAAAAAGAACGGUGCGUCGCGUAGCCUCCGUGCCGCGCUGUGGAGGUUCGCAGAGCUCGCUCACCUCAUACGACCACAGAAAUGCAGGCCGUACCUGGUGAACCUGCUGCCGUGUUUGACGCGGAUAACCAAAAGGCAAGAGGAGACGGUACAGGAGACGCUGUCCUCCGCCAUCCCCAAGGUCAUGGCCUCUCUCGGACACUUUGCCAAUGACAGCGAGAUUAAGGUGCUUUUAAAAGCCUUUGUGGCGAACCUGAAGUCCAGCUCUCCGACGAUUCGCCGGACGGCCGCCAGCUCAGCGGUCAGCGUGUGUCAGCACUCACGGAGGACACACUACUUCUACACCUGGCUGCUUAAUGUGCUGCUAGGGUUAGUGGUUCCUGUGGACGAGGAGCACUCCAGUCAUCUGAUUCUGGGCGUGUUACUGACCCUGCGUUAUCUCAUGCCCCUGCUCCAGCAGCAGGCUCCCAACACCAGCCUGAAGGGCAGUUUCGGAGUCAUGCGUAAAGAGGCAGACAUUUCCCCGUCACCGGAGCAGCUAGUCCAGGUGUAUGAGCUGACCCUUCACUACACUCAGCACCGUGACCAUAACGUGGUGACGGCGUCCCUGGAGCUCCUGCAGCAGAUGUUUCGCACCCCUCCCCCCGAACUCUUGCACGUGCUCAUCACCCCUGGCAGCAUCACGCGCGCCAGCGUCUUCAGGGAGGAGCUGGAGAGCCGCGCCCGCAGCGGCAGCAUCCUGGAGCUCAUUGCUGGUGGAGGUUCAUCAUGCAGUCCGCUCCUUCUCAGGAAGCAGAAAGGUAAAAUGUUGUCAGGGGAAGAGGAGGGUCUGGAGGAUGAUCCAGAAAGGGCAGAGGUCACGACUGGAUCUUUCACCGCUUCGGUGGGCGGGGACAGUUCUAGUGACGCCCCCUCGUCCUCGGGCGUGUCGUCUCUCGGCCCGGCCGACAUCAUCACCGAGCAGCCGCGCUCCUCCCAGCGCGCUCUGCAGCCGGGCGACUCGGUGGACCUCAGCGCCUCGUCGGAGCAAGGCGGCGGCCCCGAGACGCCCGACGACGAGGACGAGGAGAUGCUGAGCCGCAGCUCGAGCGGAGGCGGCGGGGGCGGGCUCGUCACCACGGCGACCGAUCCGGCCUCCGACGGCGGCGGCGGCGGCCAGGCGCUGCAGGAGCCCGUGUCCUCGGGGGCCGUCUCGUCGUCGUCGCCGCCCAGCGACAGUUCCCAGACGACCACGGAGGGGCCGGACUCCGCCGUGACGCCGUCGGACUGCGCGGAGCUCGUACUGGAUGGCAGUGAGAGUCAGUACUCAGGGAUGCAGAUUGGCACGCUGCAAGAUGAGGAAGAGGAGGGUGCCGCUCCGGCCCUGGACGAACCCCUGGAGCCCUUUCCCCAGUCUGCGCUAGUGCUGCGUAAACCCCAUCUGCUGGAGGGCAAAGGUCACCACAGACAGGCGUCAGACAGCAGCGUGGACAGAUUCGUACCAAAGGAGGAAGUGCUGGAACCCCCUGACCUUGACAACAAGCCGUCGAGGAUUAAAGGAGAGAUCGGCCACUACACCGACCCUAACGAGGAGCCGCUGGUGCACUGCGUCCGACUGCUGGCCGCCUCCUUCCUGCUCACCGGACACAGAAACGGGCUGGUUCCCGAUAAGGAGGUGCGUGUGAGCGUGAAGGCCUUGGCCGUGAGUUGUGUCGGGGUGGCCGCGGCGCUCCACCCCGAAGCCUUCUUUAACAAACUCUACCUGGAGCCUCUGGAAGGCCAGCAACCAGACGAGACGCAGUACAUAACGGACAUGCUGAAGUACAUAGAACACGGGGACCCCCAGGUGCGGGGGGCCACGGCCAUUCUGUGUGGGGCCCUGAUUCAGGCCGUCCUGCUCAAAACACGCUUCAGUCAGGAGCCCUGGUUCACCAGUGUCCACAGCUCCACGGGUAACUCGGUGUCUUUAGUGGACUUUGUGCCUUUGCUGCAGAGGAGUCUAAAGGAUGAGUCGUCUGUUGCGUGUAAGAUGGGAUGUUCUGCAGUGAGGCACUGCAUCAUGGCCCUGUGCAGCAGUAGUCAUAGCGAACUGGGUCUACAGCUCAUCAUUGACCUCCUGAGCCUCAGAGAUUGCUCCUAUUGGCUGGUCCGAACGGAGCUCCUGGAGAGCCUGGCCGAGAUGGACUUCCGGUUAGUGAGUUUCUUGGAGAGGAAGACAGAGACGUUACACAGAGGAGAGCAUCAUUACACUGGGAUGUUGAGGUUACAGGACAGGGUGUUGAAUGAUGUGGUGCUGUACCUGUUGGGAGACGAUGACCCACGAGUCAGACACGUGGCAGCUUCAACCGUCAGCCGACUGGUGCCCAGGCUGUUUUAUGACUGUGACCAGGGCCAGGCAGAUCCUGUGGUGGCCAUUGCCAGAGACCAGAGCAGCGUUUACCUGCAGCUGCUCAUGCACGAGACCCAGCCUCCAUCUCAGUUCACCGUCAGCACCAUCACACGGACCUACCGAGGCUAUAACCUGUCUCAGGGCGUGGCCGACGUUACCAUGGAGAAUAAUCUGUCCCGUGUCAUAACCGCCGUGUCUCACGCCCUCACCACCUCUACCUCCAGAGCUGUGAUUUUUGGUUGCUGUGAAGCCCUGAGCCUGCUCUCCUCUGCUUUCCCUGUGUGCACGUGGAGCACAGGCUGGCACUGCGGCUACGUCAGCUCCUCCGCCAGCUCCGGUGAAGAAGCCAGGAGGUGUCUGACCGUCGGCAUGGCGAACAUGGUUCUCUCCCUGCUCUCAUCCGCUUGGUUCCCCCUGGAUCUGUCCGCGCAUCAGGACGCUCUGCUGCUGGCCGGGAACCUGCUCGCAGCUGCAGCCCCCAAGUGCAUGAAGAGCCCCUGGACGGGAGAGGAGGAGUCUAACACUAACCCCACCAAACAGGAAGAGGCGUGGCCUGCCCUUAGCGACCGUUCUCUGGUCGCUAUGGUGGAGCAGUUGUUCUCACACCUGUUGAAGAUCCUGAACAUUUGCGCCCACGUGCUUGAUGACACACCCCCCGGCCCUGCUGUCAAGGCGUCCCUCCCCUCGCUGGCCAACACCCCGUCCCUCAGCCCCAUUCGACGGAAAGGCCGAGAGAAGGAGACGUCCGAACCCAGCAACACCCCAAUGAGCCCAAAGAAGGGAGGAGAGCCCAACACAGGUCGCAGGUCAGCAGAUAGCACAACAACAGCCCCUGUGAAUAAGUCCAUCACGCUGGGUAGUUUCUAUCACCUCCCCCCUUACCUGAAGCUUUACGACGUCCUCAAAGCCACUCACGCCAACUAUAAGGUGACGCUGGAUCUUCACAACACCAAUGAGAAGUUUGGAAGUUUUCUGCGUUCCACCCUGGACGUACUGUCUCAGCUGCUGGAGCUGGCCACGCUCCACGACAUCGGAAAAUGUGUAGAGGAGAUCUUGGGGUAUCUGAAGUCCUGUUUCUCAAGGGAGCCCACGUUAGCCACCGUGUGUGUGCAGCAGCUACUGAAAACGUUGUUUGGGACGAACCUGGCGUCUCAAUACGAAGGCAGCUCGUCGAACCCCUGCCGCGCCCAGGGGAAAGCCCUGCGGCUGGGAUCCUCCAGCCUGCGCCCCGGCCUGUACCACUACUGCUUCAUGGCGCCGUACACGCACUUCACCCAGGCUCUCGCCGACGCCAGCCUGAGGAACAUGGUCCAGGCCGAGCAGGAGCAGGACGCGUCCGGGUGGUUUGACGUGAUGCAGAAAGUGUCCAAUCAGCUGAGGUCCAGCAUCACCAACGUCACCCGCCACAGAGGGGACAAGAAUGCCAUUCAUAACCACAUCCGCCUGUUUGAGCCUCUGGUGAUAAAAGCGUUGAAACAGUACACCACCAGUACCUCCGUCACCCUGCAGAGACAGGUCCUGGACCUUCUCGCUCAGCUGGUGCAGCUCCGCGUCAACUACUGCCUCCUCGAUUCUGAUCAGGUGUUCAUAGGCUUUGUGCUGAAACAGUUUGAGUACAUUGAAGUGGGUCAGUUCAGAGAUUCGGAGGUGAUCGUUCCCAACAUUUUCUUCUUCCUGGUGUUGCUGUCGUACGAGCGGUACCACUCCAAACAGAUCAUCAGCAUUCCCAAGAUCAUUCAGCUCUGUGACGGGAUCAUGGCCAGCGGCAGGAAGGCCGUCACCCAUGCGAUCCCUGCCCUCCAGCCCAUAGUUCAUGACCUGUUUGUGCUGCGUGGCUCGAAUAAAGCAGACGCAGGCAAAGAGCUGGAGACUCAGAAAGAAGUGGUGGUGUCCAUGCUGCUGCGCCUUAUACAGCACCACCAGGUGUUGGAGAUGUUUAUCCUGGUUCUACAGCAGUGCCAUAAGGAGAAUGAGGAUAAGUGGAAGAGACUGUCUCGGCAGAUUGCUGACAUCAUACUGCCCAUGAUCGGCAAACAGCAGAUGCACCUGGACUCCCACGAGGCACUGGGCGUGUUGAACACGCUCUUCGAGACUGUGGCGCCCUCUUCCCUCCGUCCCGUGGACAUGCUGCUGAAAAGCAUGUUCGUCACUCCUUCCACCAUGGCGUCGGUGGGCACGGUGCAGCUGUGGGUUUCGGGGAUUCUGGCCAUCCUGCGCGUGCUCAUCUCUCAGUCCACCGAGGACAUCAUCCUGUCCCGCGUCCAGGAGCUCUCUCUCUCCCCCUACCUCCUCUCCUGUCCCACCAUCCGCCGUCUCCACGACGACCCCGCCUCGCCCACCGCCCCGCCGCCUCCCGCCCUCGCCGAGGAGACCAACGGAGAGCCCCAGCGUUUCCCACCAGAAGAGACGUUCGCCAGGUUCUUGCUACAGUUGGUGGGGGUGCUGUUGGAUGAUAUCUCCAGUAAACAGGUGAAGGUGGAUAUGAGUGAACAGCAGCACACCUUCUACUGUCAGCAACUGGGCACCCUGCUCAUGUGUCUCAUCCACAUCUUUAAAUCAGGCAUGUUCCGCCGCAUCACGGCCGCCGCCACCAAGCUGCUGAAGGCGGAGGGGGCGGAGGGGGGCAGCUUCUACACCCUGGAGGGUCUGAACAGCCUCGUCCUCCACCUCAUCACCACCCACCCCUCCCUCGUCCUCCUCUGGUGCCAGGUCUUGCUCAUCAUCAACUACACCAAUUACUCCUGGUGGUCCGAGGUGCACCAGACGCCCAAGGGGCACAGUCUGUCCAGCACGAAGCUGUUAAGUCCCCACGCGUCUGGGGAGGGGGAGGAGGACCGGCCGGAGGGCAAGCUGGCCAUGUGUAACAGAGAGAUCGUUCGCAGAGGGGCACUCAUCCUCUUCUGUGACUACGUGUGUCAGAACCUGCACGACUCUGAGCAUCUGACCUGGCUGACGGUGAACCACGUUCGAGAUCUGAUCUCUCUUUCCCAUGAGCCUCCAGUGCAGGAUUUCAUCAGCGCCGUCCACAGAAACUCUGCCGCCAGUGGCCUCUUCAUACAAGCCAUACAGUCCCGCUGCGACAACCUGUCUACUCCGUUGAUGUUGAAGAAGACUCUGCAGUGUUUGGAGGGGAUCCAUUUGAGUCAGUCUGGAGCUCUGUUGAUGCUGUAUGUGGAUAAGCUGCUGAACACGCCCUUCCGCGUGCUGGCCCGCAUGGUCGACACGCUGGCCUGCAGACGCGUGGAGAUGCUGCUGGCAGAAACCCUACAGAAUAGCAUAGCUCAGCUGCCUCUGGAGGAGUUGGACAGGAUACAGGAAUACCUCCAGUCCAGCGGCCUGGCCCAGAGGCACCAGAGGUUCUACUCCCUGCUGGACAGGUUUAGAACCACCGUUGCCGAGGAAACCAACAGCCCCUCUCCUCCGAUCACAUCCCACCCCCUGGACGGGGACCCGCCCCCUCCCCCUGAGAAUGUAGUAGCCAAUAAGGAGUGGUACGUGGCUCUGGUUCAGUCCCAGUGUUGUUUGAAAGGUGAAGGUUCUCUAUAUGAGACAACAGACUUGCUGACCAAACUGCCCCAAUCUGACCUCAACAACAUCAUGUCCUGCAAGGAUUUUAAUCUGUGUCUUCUGGCGCCGUGUCUGAGUGUCGGGGUCCAGCGGCUGGCUCGGGACCAGGGGCGUGUUCUGUUUGAGACAGCUCUCCAGGUUACCUUCGACCGCCUGAACGCGGUCAUCCAGCUACUGCCCGGCCCCCACCGCCCCUUCCUGCCCCCCAGCCAAACCGAAAACGACCCCUCCUCCACCCCCUACUGGGACAGGCUCAACCACGUAUACGGUGAAGCUGGGUUCUAUCAGACUGUUCUAAGUCUGUGCGGAGCGCUGAGUCAGUAUUUGCUCUGCGUUCCUAAGCUUCCCUCCAGCCUCCACAUCCCCACAGAGAGAGAGACCUCCGUCAUCUCCUUCACCACGCUCGCCAUAGAGGUGGUAGUGUGGCGUGUGUUGCAGGAUCAGGUGCCGUUGAGUGUGGACAUGCAGAUGUGCGUGUCCUGUCUGUGUUUGGCCUUGCAGCAGCCGUCUGUCUGGAACCUUCUGGCCUCUAAGCAACACCUUAGCUACGCCUGCUCCAUCAUACACUGCCUCCAACUCCUCAUCCACGCAGUGGCAGUAGGUCCUGGUGAGCAGCUUCUGGUGCCGGAGAGGAAAAGAUCAGGCAGAGACUCAGAGGAGGACCAGGUGGACUCUACCAAAGCCAAUGCCUGUGAGUGGCGGUGUUGUGAGAUCAUGGCUGAGCUGGUGGAAGGGCUACAGACUGUCCUGGCGAUUGGUCACCCUGCUAACCGCCAUUUCCCAGCAUUCCUCACUCCCACCCUACGCAACGUCAUCAUCAGUCUGGCCAGACUGCCCCUGGUCAACAGCUACACCCGGAUCCCUCCGCUGGUCUGGAAGCUGGGCUGGUCCCCCAGAUCUGGAGGGGAGUUUGGUACUGCACUACCAGAGAUUCCUGUAGAGUUCCUCCAAGAGAAGGAUGUCUUCAGAGAGUUCCUGUACCGCAUUAACACACUGGGCUGGAGCAGCCGGACCCAGUUUGAAGAGACUUGGGCAACUCUUUUAGGGGUGCUGGUCACCCAGCCAAUCACCAUGGACCAGGAAGAAGAGAGUCAACAGGAGGAUCUGGAGAGGACUCAGAUUAACGUGUUAGCGGUACAGGCUAUCACCUCUCUGGUGCUAAGCGCUAUGACUCUCCCUGUAGCAGGAAACCCAGCAGUCAGCUGCCCUGAGCAGCAACCACGCAACAAAAGCCUCAAAGCACUGGACACCAGGUUUGGGCGUAAACUGUCCGUGAUCAGAGGAACCGUAGAGAGAGAGAUUCAGGCCAUGGUGUCUAAGAGAGACAACAUUCCCACACACUUUCCUUACCAAGCCUGGGACCCUGUACCAUCACUGUCUUCCUCUAACACAGGCACCCUGAUCAGCCAUGAGAAGCUCCUGCUUCAGAUUAACACUGAGAGAGAGAUGGGAAACAUGGACUACAAACUGGGCCAGGUGUCCAUUCACUCAGUGUGGUUGGGGAAUAACAUCACUCCUCUGAGAGAGGAAGAGUGGGGUGAGGAUGAGGAGGAUGAGACAGACACUCCAGCUCCAGUAUCCCCUCCCACUUCGCCCAUUAACACCAGGAAGCACCGUGCAGGGGUGGACAUCCACUCCUGCUCCCAGUUCCUGCUGGAGCUCUACAGCCAGUGGAUCCUGCCGGGAAGCCCCAGCAGCCGGAAAACUCCCGUGGUCCUCAUCAGCGAGGUGGUGCGCUCGCUGUUGGCGGUGUCGGACCUGUUCACGGAGAGGAACCAGUUUGAUAUGAUGUUUUCCACGCUGAUGGAGCUGCAGAAGGUUCACCCUCAGGAGGACGAGAUUCUGAACCAGUACCUGGUGCCUGCCAUCUGCAAGGCUGCCGCUGUGCUGGGCAUGGACAAGGCCAUUGCAGAGCCUGUGUGUCGCCUGUUGGAGACCACGUUACGGAGCACACACCUGCCCAGCCGUAUAGGAGCUCUGCAUGGUGUCCUGUAUGUACUGGAAUGUGACUUACUGGACGACACAGCCAGACAACUCAUCCCAAUAGUCAGUGAAUACUUACUGUCCAACCUGCGAGCCAUCGCACAUUGUGUGAACCUCCAUAACCAGCAGCAUGUGUUGGUGAUGUGUGCUGUGGCCUUCUACAUGAUGGAGAACUACCCUCUGGAUGUCGGCUCAGAGUUUAACGCUGGGAUCAUCCAGUUAUGUGGGGUGAUGUUGUCGGCUAGCGAGGAGUCCACUCCCUCCGUUGUCUACCACUGCGUGCUGCGGGGUCAGGAGCGUCUCCUGCUCUCGGAGCAGCUGUCUCGGGUGGACAGCGAGGCCCUGGUCAAACUCAGCGUGGAGAGGGUCAACAUGCCCAGUCCACACCGCGCCAUGGCCGCCCUGGGCCUAAUGCUCACCUGCAUGUACACAGGUAAAGAGAAAGGAAGUCCCGGACGGACGGCCGAUGCCGACCCCUCCGCCCCAGACAGCGAAUCGGUCAUCGUUGCCAUGGAGCGCGUGUCCGUUCUCUUUGAUAGGAUCCGGAAAGGUUUUCCGAGCGAGGCGCGGGUGGUGGCCCGUAUCCUUCCCCAGUUCCUCGACGACUUUUUCCCGCCGCAAGACGUCAUGAACAAAGUCAUAGGAGAGUUCCUGUCCAAUCAGCAGCCGUACCCACAAUUCAUGGCCACGGUGGUCUACAAAGUCUUUCAGACGCUCCAUGCCACCGGUCAGUCGUCUAUGGUGCGAGAUUGGGUCUUGCUGUCGCUGUCCAACUUCACCCAGAGGACCCCCGUAGCCAUGGCGAUGUGGAGCCUGGCCUGCUUCUUCGUCAGCGCCUCCACCAGCCAGUGGAUUUCAGCACUCCUGCCUCACGUGAUCAGCCGCAUGGGUAAGUCAGACACGGUGGACGUUAGCCUGUUCUGUUUGGUUGCCAUGGAUUUCUACCGGCACCAGAUCGACGAGGAGCUGGACCGAAGAGCCUUCCAGUCUGUCUUUGAGAUGGUGGCUUCACCCGGAAGCCCUUACCACAGGCUGCUGUGCUGCCUACAGAGCAUCCACCAGGACACGUCGCUAUGACGACUGUCAGAAGAACACCGAAACACGUCACCACGUCAACAGACCACGACACACCACAUCCUGUUGCCACGAGACCGACAACGAAACACCAGGACCCGUUGCUACGAGACAGACCAUGACAUAAGACCACCCGUUGCCACGAGACAGACCAUGAUACACCAGGACCUGUUGCUAUGAGACAGACCGCCGUACAGCAAGACACAUCGGUCUGAAAGACCACAGCGUUCCAAAAUAUCACCACGAAACAGCCCUGGCAUGUUGCCAUGAGAUAAACAGCUGUAACCUCUCAAUAAGACUACCCAUCUUUUACCCCAGCUUAGUAUGAGGAGACAGGCCAUAAUACACCGUGAUAUGGUGUUGUCAUCAGAUGACUGAUAAAUCCCCACUCUUAAACAGACCGCAGUUCACCACGUCACAUCACUAUGUAACGGAUCAUGAUGUGCCGAGAUACGAUGGCACGUCACGAUCUUUUUUAUCAGACAGACCCAGUAAACCACGCUCCACAGGGCACGUAGGAACCGGGAAAACGGCAAGAAUCUUGAUUGGCCCUCUAGAGAACUUUCCAGAUCGACCUGGGCCUUCUUAGAAACCCAUCUCCAGACCGCUAGAAGCUAUUACCACUGGAAAUACUACUACAACUCCAUCCUCUUUGGGGUUGCCAAGGAAACAUUGCAUGAGAUGAAUCCUUGCUCUUCAAUGCCCUGCUCUUCAUGGCUUCUGUAGCCUUCCAGGACUCGGUAAGAAUGGCGAUACACUCCAAGAUGUUUGCGUCUGCACAGCUCAUCAGGUUGCUAGGAGACAGCUGUCGUAGAACGGAGCGCGUCACCAUGGAAACGCGAAAGAGCAUACAGACACACAGGCAAACAGAGGAUUCCCCAGAUGGUUUUCACCAAGCAAAUUCCAGAUUUCAUCAGAGACAGGGAAGCAGGAACGACGGGAAUGAGGCUCCACCCGUGCGCUGACCUCUGUUUUCAAAAGCAGGUCAAGGAUCAGUUUUCUCAGAAUCAUUCUCAGUCUGAAACAGGAUAUCAGGGCUAUCAAGACUGACUCCACAUCAGUAAACGGCUGGACAGGACAAAAUCUACUCCAUUUCAGUUCUUUCAAAACAGAACAGAACGACUGAUGUUGAUACACACACACA